AUGCCUCAUCACGUUUUGCAUCUCAUUUUAUCGAACCAUUAUCACAUGAAACAGGAUUGGAGGUGCAGUGAGGGCUGCCUACAAUGGGAUUCCCUUUGGCUACCAGACUCCGCACAGCGAGUGGCUCCUACUAAAUUGGGUUUAUCCCUCCAGAAGGGCCGUAAGUCAUAUUGUAUUUGGAAUGCCCUUUGA